AUGAAAUUCACCACAUUAUCCUCAUCAUCAUUUUUCUUCAUUUGCUUGUCUCUCAUACUUUUUGCUGUUUCCCCAGCAUUAUCGGUCCCUUUGUAUGAAACUCUAUGCAAGUUGACAAGGCAAGAUGCGAAUGAUUGCUUGAUUCUCUUGAAAUCUGACGCAAGAAUCACUUCUGCAACAAAUUAUCAUGAUCUCUCAAAGUUCAUCUUGGAUCUGGCAGUAACUACAUCAAUAUCAGUUCAAGCUUAUCUUGGCAAAGUGGAGACUGACUUUCCCAAUGAUCAAGCUAUUAAACAAUGUGCACAACAAUUCUACCCUAAGACUAUUGCAGCAUUCAAAAGUGCAUUGGAUGAGUUGGAUAAGGAUCCUCAAGGUGCAAAAAAUGAUAUACAAGCUGCUGGUAAUGGACCUGGGUUUUGUGAGAAAGCUCUUCAAAGAGAAAAGUUUGAUAAUCCUCCAAUCCAUGUUCGAAACAAUCAAAUCUUUGUUAUUAGUGAAGUUGCUUUUUUGUCAGUAAAUCAUCUUACAUAG